AAUGGAUCAAAGAGCUGUCCUCCUGCUGGCCAUUUCCCUGCCAUGCCUGGUCCUCUCUGAACACCGAUCUCGCAGCCUCGCCGGAACUGUCGCAUUCAAACUACUCUCGUCGCUCGCGUUCCUGCUCAAUCCAUUCCUCUCCCCGUCAACAGAAUGGACCAGCUAUCGCACUGCAAUUGUAAUCGGUCUGCUGUUUUCUCUUGCCGGUGACUGGUUUCUGCUGCCGUCUCGAAAGGAAUUCGACAGCACCACUCAGCAAGAAGACAUUCCACUCGCAUUCCAGCUUGGUGUCGUCGCCUUUGCAGCUGCUCAUAUUGCAUAUAUAGUGGCCUUUCUACAACUCCCACAGGACAUCUCAGUCCCUGUUGUCCUUACCGUGUUUGUGGCGACUAUGCUGCUCGCAAGAUGGCUGGGGGUGAUAUACCCACCUCGCGAGAGCUCGGCGACACAGAAUCUGCUUAACCUAUAUAUUCCAUCAGAUAUGAAGCCAUUGGUUCUUAUAUAUGCUGCCAUCAUCAGCUCCAUGUUCGCCACUGCGGUCUCGACGGGUUUGACUAGCGAUGGCGUCCCUCACCACGCGGUCGGUGCGGCGAUGUUUGUGGUGAGCGACGUGUUUGUUGCGAAGAAUGCGUUUGGGCAGACUCUGCCCCAGCGGCGUGGAUGGUUUAGGAUUGCGGUUGGUUAUGGACUUUAUUUCUGGGGGCAGAUGGUUAUCGCUGGGUCGGCGGCGCUGUAGACUGUCAUUUUCUGCAUCAUGCAGUCUCCGAGCAUAAAUAAAGCAGAUACUUGUUCAAAGGGAUGAUUGUUUAAUGGCAAUUUUUAUACGUCAAUAUCAAAAUCAAGAUUCU